CAAAGUUCAUGUUUAUUAUAUAAACGAGGAAUAUUCUUGCCAAAAUGUGGUUAUUAUCUGAACAGACGCAAACCGAAACAUAAAAUUAAAUUAAAGGUAUGUAUUUUUUAUGUUUUUAUAUAGUAAAAUGACAAUAACAUGCUGAAACCAACGUGUAGCGAACGAAUUAAUAAAUGCAAACUUAAACCAGAGUCUCAGUAGAGUGUAGUUAAACUGUUACUAUGUUGCUGUUAAAUAGCACUAUGAAAAAAUACUGAUGUUGAAUUUAAUUAACUGUAAUAGGUUUUAUACUGUAUUGUCAGUCAUGAAUAAUUCAUGAUGCUUAUAUACCUACGGUUUUCAAUUUCCUUGUAAAACAAUGGAUGUACAUAAUUAACUAAUUAAAUAUUAUAAAUUGAUUUAAUAAAAGUUAAAAUUUUUUGACCUUGUAAUAUUUUUUGACCUUGUAAUGCUCUAUCAUUUCUAAAUUGUUCUCCCUAGAGGUCCAGUCAGAUUCAUCACUUCUUCAUGCAGAGCACCCAGAAAAACAUGUUGUCUUUGGCAGAGUCUUACUGUAGACACUUUUCUCACAUAUGACAGAAGACAAAUUAUAACCAGAUAACUGCUUAUUGCAGCAGUCGAACUCCAGCAAUCACAAAAGUUUACAAAAGGCUCAUGUACAAACCACCCAGAAAUAGGAAACCCACAAAUGUGGGUUUCCUAUUUCUUCUUGUAAAAACUUAGGUAGGUCUGUAGGGUAGGUCGGUUUUAACUUUUUUUUAAACUUUUUUAAAAUUUUUCUAAGGCCAUGUUUGUUUAGUCAGUGCUUCCACAUCCAAAGAUAAAUUUCCCUAAUAUUGCCUCAAAUUUCCAUUUUCCGCAAACGUUUUCCUCUAAGUGGAAACACUUGGAGGUCCAAUAAAAAAGUUUAGGGUCGGGAUUUCGGCGCUCAAAAGCUAGGUAGGGAAACCAGAAACCCACAUAUUUUUUUUGGCCUGACACCAACAUGGCAAUCAAAGGGGGCGCAUCCCAGAAGGCCGAGCUUGCUUAUUCUAAUAAAUAUUUAUCCGAAAAUCAUUUCAGGAAUCAUUUUAGCCUAACACCUUUUUAGCCAGAAAGCUAUAACUAUGCAGCAUCUAAUAUUUUCAUUUUCUGUAAGAAAAUAGUCCUGUUGUGACUCACAUAAAAAAAUGGUGUGGAAUGCAUGACAGUAUAUACUAGAAGUUUUUGUUGGUAUCCUUGCUCUGUAUGAGCACAAUAACAUUUCUAUACAAAUAAUCUUUACAGAUCUAUGUGUUGUAUUCACAGACAUUCGUCUCUGUCAAUGGUGCCAAUAAUCUGGGCAAAAUAUGAAUACCUCCCUCGCAUGCUGAAUAUUUUCAAUAAAAAUCACUUUUAAAAAGAAUUCUAUACAUUUUUGUACAGUUUAGUAAUUUUGACGCUUUCUUACAUGUACAAACAUGCCUCAAGUGUAGAAGUGAAAUCGAUGGGCACAAAGCCAAAUAUUAAUGUGUUAUAUAAAGAAGCAACGUUCUUUGUUGUGGUAAAAACACCGUCAUGCCCACACAAAGUUGACCAAAGCCAUAUUUAAACGUGACGUCCUAGCGUCCGAGCUUCCAAGUGAAAUGGGGAGAGCACAAAUUGAAAUGCAUUGUUGAGUGCACGAGAUGUUCUCGCGACCUAAAAUUUGUAACGCAAUUUAUGUGCAGCACCAUGUUAUCGAAAAUAUAGUCACAGAAAAAUUGUGAGCAUGUCCAUAGUGACAUCACAUAUGUCUUCAUCGGGCACUCCCUUUUUCUCCAACACUGGAUCAGAAUAAUUAUACUGGUCGCCCUUACUGGACCUCUAGGAAAAACACUUUAGAACUGAGCUAUAUCCAGUGCACAUAAAGGUAGUUUAAAAGCAGGUCAGUUAUCUGUAGUUUGAGUAUAUAAGUAUAUAUUUGUUUUCCAAAUAUGUUAACGGUAACUCGUAUCGCCGUUAGAAUUUCCGGCUUACGCUUUGGCCUUUCUCUUCAAAUCUAUUCAACGCGAGCCAAACUAUUCAAUUCCUACAGUUUAUCCCUGCUAGAUGUAUUUAAACAGGUUACAUUAAAACAAUCACCACAAAACAUAGCCUUUUUAUGUUAUAGUGUUCCCUAAUGUUCGUGUAACAUUUUAACGUUGCCAUGGAAGUUUAUGAUUCCUGAUAAAAAAUCGUUUUAUCAAACGCUUACUAAAACUCACUGUAACGCGAAAAGCUACACUUUCAAUUCUAGCGGCUUUUUUUCUUCAAAUAACACUACGUAUUGAAAUACGGAUUAUACAGGAUUAUUGAUGAAACAAUGCAAUAUAAAAGACCAUUCAUAUUCACAGGGUGGUGUCAUACAAUAUACAUAGUUGUUAAUAAUUAAACCUAUUAUGAAACAACAACAUAUCACAGGCUUGGCAAAACCACUUUUGUUUUAAUGGCCUUAUAUUAUAUAUGCGGGUUCCAGAGAGGUUAAUGUAUAAUAAUCUAGCAUUAAUUAGUAUGUGGUAUGAAAUUAAGUAUAUGUGACUGUUAUCAUGAAAACAUCGCAUGAGUGACAUCUGUUAAGUGGUAAUAUACUUGGGAAAUCUUGCUAAGAAUAUAUUUUCCUGCGAGUAAAUUCAUCUGGAACUUUGCGCGGUAAGUUAAUGAUUAAAAUAAGCCGAGUGAAUGUUUUGACUUCUGCUCUGUGGGAAUGUUCGUGAGAUUAUAGAAUGCUCACAUUAGGCCCGUCGCCAAAGUUGACAUUUGCGUGUAGUUCGCAAUAAUAACAUAUGUUAAAAUUUUCUAAAAUUUGUAUACUGUCAAUUUUACGAGAAAAAUGAGCAGAUCUGUUAACUAUUGGGGGUGACAACACGAAUACAACGGUUUUAUCUAACAGUAGUCGCAUGCGAUUCUAAACUAUUAAACUAACUUUAUUUUUACUGGAUAGCUGUCAGUUUAGACGGUUUUCCCUGAAUCUGAAAAUUUUGGGCAUCACUAUCAGGCUUGAUAUAAAUGAACGUGAAUGGGAUUUUUGUGGAUGGGUUUUCUCUAAAGAAGUAAAGUCGGUACAGUGAGGGGAACCGUUGUAAAGGGGGAAACCAAAGUCUUUGUAGAAAACUGCAGUUUAUCUAGCUCUGAAAGCUUGAGGUGCAAUUAUCAUCAAACAAGUGCAAAUAACAUGAAAGACCGGUCACAGAGUUGACAGACACAUGCCACUGUCCACAAUCUAUUGAAUAAUUUUCCUAGUAAGCCAAUCACUCUUGUCUUCCAGGCCUGCUUGUCUUCCCUUGGAUCUGUAGAUAACAAAAACACAUGCAUUCGGAGAAUGUUAUUUCAAGUUUUUACCAUAGAUGUUGUCAAUGUCCUCAUGACAAAUGGACAACGUCAAGCACGCGAGAGCACGCGGUACAUCUUAACAUCAAGUGCGGAAGAAAUCCUCGCCUAAUCUGCUAGGGAAAUCUUAUUGUGUAUGUGUGUGCUGAAUGGAUUGAGGAAGCCAGCCAGAGGAGAUAAGAAAUUGUUGUUGUGUUUUUCUAGUGCGACUGCUGGGCUUCACGAAAUAAAAGCUGGGAAGUCAUUAAAGAUUCUGUUUUUUAUCUGCGGAAGAAGUGUAUGCAUAUACUGAUAUAGGUAGGUCUGUCUGUGUAUAUAUGGUCGAAUAUGUCAAUAUGUGUUUUUUACAUCAUAUAGUUUGUAGUAUGGGUUUCUGUAUAUAGUAAUAAAAUACUGUAUCAUGAUUUAAUAGCGCGGUUCUUUCAAUAUGGAUUCUUUUUGGCGACUUAAUCGAACUCUCUAACAUCUCGAACAUCUAAUCAAACUCUCUUUUUUCACUUAGUCAUACCUGUAUAGACAUACACGUUCACGAAAUGCUAGAGAGUGCUCGAUAUCAUAUAGAUAGAGCAAAUAUAGUAUAGUUUUGCUUACCACUGCAGCCUCGUUCAUCUAAUGGAGCCUGAAUCUCCGGUCAUAGACGUCCUAUUUUACACCACCAUGCAUUUAGUCCGAUCAAUCAAAUGACAUUUGAAAGCGUCAGUUAUAGUAUACGUUAUGUAAUAUAUUUAACCCCAAGGCAUUAAGCUACUACAAAUAUUGCCAGAAUUAAUAUCAUGCUUUGACAACUGCAUUCGGAGUGGCUCAAUAUUUGUAUGACAUAACGCUGGUUCAACUACCGAAAUUCACACGACUUCUAGCAAAGGGCAAACUUAUCGAAUGCGUUGGCGUUGCUUUAUUGCCAAAUAAUCGCUCUGCAUUGUUAACACGUCCGUUCCAUCCGCGACGAGAAGCCAAAUCCGAUGUUAUUUCUUGAAAUGAUCAUAUCAGUGCAGACCAUUGAACUAGGUGCAGACGUAGACUAAGUUUACACUUGUACUGGAUAGUUUUCCGUAGCGACGCGAAAAACACGUAUUCGUACCUUUAGGAACGCUAUUUUCAGAGGCAUUAUUGCAACGGAGAGAUGUCGUUUCGCUCAGCCUCUGAAAGUUGUACAUUCCGUAUCAGAUAGGUGAUUUUUCGCGCCACUACGGAAAGCUAUCUGGUAUAGUGGAAACAUAGCCUAUUGAGUUGUAAUUUUUUAGCUGCAUUGAUAUUUUUACAACAUCUCUUUAGCAAAAAGCGGUCCGUAUCUUGUUACAAUCAAAAUAUUGUAGAACACUGUUCUAUGGAUAAAUUACGUUUUAUACAUACUGUAUAAAUGAAUGCCGUUCUUCAAUACAUGUCACAAUACUCAUUCAAUUUAUCACAAGAAAGAACUUUUAACCAAAAGGAAAGCGAUCAAAUUUUGGAUCAUUUCCAGAUUUCCUGCUUUGUCCGCGAACCACAACAAAGCCUUUAUGAAAAGAUGGCCGCAUUGAUAAGAGAUAACCUUCGAGUCAAAAUACACAACAAGUCAUAACAAAGUGAACAUCGUAGCCAAAAUACAACAAUAAUUUCUAAAGAGAACAUUAAAUUGUCAGCAUCUAUUCCUAGAAUGUACUAGAGGCAUAAGUGUAGUCAUAGGGCUCCAAUAUCAUUCCUGGAAAUUACUGAUUUUGUCUCAUUUCAACUUUCGUAAAAUGUGUAAUUUAAUACGGUAGUGUAAUUCAAUACACUGGCACAAAAUUGACUAAAUGUACAUUAGUUUCAGUAUACUAUAGGUACAUUGUAUUAUAUUGUAAUUGCGUCAAUAAAAUGUAAACCUAGCAUUACAGCAAUAAUAUAUGAGAAAAAAUCGAGAAUUUUCUUCUUGAGAAUUUUUCCAUGAAAUUUGAGUAUAUCAUAAAAACCUUAAUUUGUUCGUGGUUGUACGUACUGCCGAAAAGUAUCAGAUUUUAUGAAGAGACAGAGUAGAGAAUGGAUAAAUUGAUCAUAAAAAUACUUCCGUAACUCUUUUAUGGUUAGAGUUAGUCGUGGAGAUUCAGUAAUAGGCAAUUCCAGCUAUAUAGACUAAAUUUUGAUCUAAGCAAGAAGAACAAAAUCCAUCACCACAGCUAGAAGGAGCAUGUUAAAAUUAGUAAAACUGCAAAGUUUGGUUGUGAAAUGUUGUAAAAUGCGGAAAAUAUAGCCCUGCGAAAUUUGCAAAUUUUGUAUUAAUUUGUAUUACGCGCGGGAAAAUGCACCACAUUUGGGCCGAAAGUGAUGCAUUUUCCCGCGCGUAAUACAAAUUAAUACAAAAUUUGAAAUUUCGUAGGGCUAUGUUUUCCUCAUUUUACAACAUUUCGCGGCCAAACUUUGCAAUUUUACUAAUUCUAACCAGUGAGCUCUAUAUAUAUCUGGAGUAAGAACUUCAGUCAUUCGGUCAAUGAGCAAAGUGAAGUCAAGAUGGCGCCCAUUGACGUCCAAUAGCUCUGAAGGUCGUAAACAGUCUUUAUACCAUUUUCCCAAGCUAAUUCCAGUUUUUUCUAAUGUACCGUAUCACUAAUCAAGUUUUCAGUUCAUAAAAUCACAAUAUUAUUCUUUAAAUCGAAGUCAAAAUACGAAAUUUCAACACACUCCUUGCCAAGAUGGCGGAAAUUGAAGGAGCUCUUGGACGUCAGUUCCAGUCCCUUUCUAUUGUUUUGUAUGCGCGGUUAACACGAAACUGGCUUCACUUUGAGCAACCAAGUUCCCACUCCAGAUAUAUAUGGAGCUCACUGAUUCUAACAUGCUCUUUCUAGGUGAUGUAUUUUGUUCUUCCUGCCCAGAUUAAAAUUUAAUCUAUAGCUGGAGUCAUGCAGUAAAACUCAGGUCGCAAUUUAACUCCCUGGCCUUGCUAAGUCGUUUCCUUUGUUUGCCAAACCACAAAAUGAGCUAAACAGGUCUAGACUACUAAUAACCUCCGUCAAAGGCAACUCAAGGAUAAAUAAGGAAGGAAGGUCAACCAUGCCGCGCCUAUCCCAUGCAAUUAAGAAAAGGAAGCCGUGACGUCAAAACAAACGUCUUCAAUGCACGUAAGUCUAUAGAUAUCUCAUAAUGAUAUCUAUGGAGUAAGCCACAGGCUGAGCAAGGCCACGUGUACUCCGCUGGGCUUCUACGUUGAGCGACAUACUGUGGUGAAUCUUCUACAACUUAAGGGUAAAACUAGUGGUGGAAGAAAUUUAUUAAAUUCAUUUAAACCGUUCGUGUCCACACCAUUCCAUCCCGCGCAAUUACAGCGGCUGAGGAUUUUAUGAUUUACAUCUUUUACAAAAGACUAUAAAACGUCUUGGUGCAUGGUAAAACAACUGGAUGACACUCUUUAAGAAAUCAUAACACAGCAUCAUCGGUGAGUUUAAACCUUGAAAUUGUUUUGUUUUAUUGUGUAUGGAUAAAAGACGCGGGUUUGCGCGCAAAACCAGGUUCUUUAUUACGCCUUGAUGCGUUCCUGUGCCGCUUGACGCAUUUUAUGCUUGAUGAUCUGACAAUGAGAUACAAGUGCCGAAACCGCAGUGUCUUAAAUAUAGGAACAGUUUAUUCAUUUAAUACCUGUUAUAAGUACUCUAAAUCGUUCAAGCUUGAAAUCGUUGCAGAAAUGUCAAGUUCAAAAACUGUAAAUUCAUGAAUACUAUAUUAUCAAAACAAUGGAAUCUAGAAUAUUGCCCAAUGAACUCAAUUUAGAAUGUUUGGCAGACUUAGUAAAACAACUCAAUUUGAAAGUUGUGAUUAAUCCAAACGGGAAAGACUAAACUCUGUUUUUCCUUUAACAAACAUUUGGAAUCGGUUGAAGCAUUAAUCUGCGCUGAUUGUAAACGGAAAAACCAAGCCUCUGUUAUCUCCACAACAAACAUUGUUUGGUUUUUAUAAAAACAGAUACUUAGGCGCGGACACCACAAACAUGAAAAUAAGGAAACGCGCGCGCUUCAUUAACACUGACCGCGCUUUGUAUCCUUUUACAACUCGGUUUGUUUUUCCGUUCAAAAAUCUUCAGAUGCGCCAUUAAUGUGAAUUUCUUAUAAACUGCGGGUCGGAGAUAGACAAACUGCGAAAAGAGAGAAAUUUGGCGACAUUUUAUUUUACGUCAAGUUGUCGUUAAUAUUGUAAUUGUUAAACUCAUUCAAAGAUUAUAAAACAGAUUUCAACGGCGUAUAAACUGAUAAUUCAGAUAAAACUUUCAGAAAGCUGGUUGUAUCUUACUGAUAAACUAAGUACCCAUAUAUCGUCAGGCUAGAAUACAAGGACACUACCUUACAUUACACUCAAAGUAUAAAGCAGAUUAUACAAUAUAAACUCAGACUGUAGCCAUAAAGUUAAAUCGGCUUUCAAACAGCCUGGAACAGGGCUGAUAAAACUGGGAACAUGUAUGUCCUCAAAUACACAUAAAACAUAACGCUUAGAACAUGACACGUGGUAUAUUUCCAGUGUAUUGAUUGGUGAAAUCGUUAGUUAACUCAAAUGUGCCAUAACCAUGAAUGACAGCAGAAAAACCCCAGAUGAAUGCACUAAAAUGCUAAAACCAGUGAAACGGUUCAUCAAAUGGCAACCAUGCGAUCUCAACAAUCUUAACAAUCUACAGCUGUAAAAGAAUGCAUAUUCCUUCUCGUACACAUUGAAGAGCUAUUUUUAAAACCAAUGUCACGCUAUGGCUUUGGUAUGUCAUCUAUACAGUCACGGUAACACGAGUAUGUGCCAUACCACCAACAGUGGCUGAUGUCAUCACUUAAUAAUCACGGAGCAUGCAAUGGAAAAUAUCUCGCAUGCGAAGAAAUGUGUGCAAAAGUCAUGUUGUAUACACAUCUAUUAAGCCUUUUUUACAUAUGUCGCAAAACCCAACUCACAAUGAUCGACAGUUUCAUCCAAUCACAAUGCUAGACAGUUUAUGUUAAUUAGACGUAAACACUCACAGCGAGUUUUUGUGAUGAAUGGAAAAGAGCCUUUGUACGACGCAAUUUUUGCUGUGCACAUCAAUCAUACUCAAUUGUAGAAAGAGAUAUCAAGACAUUGCUUAUGUUUAUCUCAUUCGUGCAUAUGAUCUAAAAUCCGUUUCCUGGAAUUAGUUACUAAUAAGUGGUUUAACAUGGACAUAGUUAUUCUCCAUCAGUGGAUUUCUAGAAUAUUAAUCUAACCGACAUCUAGAUUUAUAUAUUUCCGAGUAGGUGUAAAAAUGAAACUAAUUUAUUCCGUCAAUCACUGAAGUAAUAGCUACAGAUUAAUUUUUUUGCAUUGGAACAAUGGCAUUUCGAAUACAAAAGAGUCUUUCCCUUCAAUUUUCAACAUAGUUUUUCAGUGAAACAGAGUAAUGUUAUGUGAAAAAGUAUUCGUAUGAAUAUGAUACAACCGUAUGUAUCUCAUUAAGUCAUUAUUUCUCAAUUUUAUAGGAUUUAAAAAGCUGUAAAAAUCCCUUGUUCUCGGAUUAGUUUUCAUGUCUGUGAAUGUUACCAAUAUAAGGCCCGUUUUCAUUUUCAAUUUUUGCUGUUAUUUCUAGUACUAUUUUCUUAUUCUGACGCAUGUGAAGGAGUGGAUGAGUUAUGAAUCAGGGGCGGAUCCAGCCAAAAAUCUGACCGUAGCAUUUUCCAAGACCUCGCAUAGCUAGGGGGGUCCUAAGGCAUGCCCCCCCGGAAAAUUUUUGAAAUUUGAAGCCCGGAAAUGCCAUUUCCUGCGUUCUGAGCACUGCAUGUGACCAUUAAAUUUGUCCUCAUUGUAUUCAUUUUUCAAGCAAAAAUAAGCCGAAAUGAUCUCUAAAUGUAAACUAUUGCUCGCGUAUAUUUUAACAUACGAUAUCGGUAUGAUACUCGUAUAAUACGCAUAUCAUUAUCAAUUGAAUACCGAAAUGCGCGUAUCAUCUACGAACGCGUGUAUCAUACGAAUACGCAUAUCAUAUGAACGCGCGUAUGAUAUGAAUACGCGUAUCUUACGAAUAUAUACGCAUUACAAACAAAUAUUAGCGCGCUAUAAAACACGAUAUAUAUAUACGCGCAUAUCAUAAUUCGCGUAUUAAUUCCAAUACAUGCAGGUAUACUGUACAUACGCGCACAAACACUUUAAUAAAGCGAAGUUAAUAGCGAACACUAUACAGUAAAAACUCAAAUUAAAAUAUAAUGUGCAUCUCUUAUCAUUCAUAAGGCUUACCUGACUGGAAAUGAUUCGUUUUACUAUCUGAUUUUAUUUCUACCUCGACGCAUAUAAAUCCUUUAGCUUUACGACGGCUUUCAUUUCGAAAUGCGCACAACCGUACUGUGGGUUCCCAAUAGCAUGUUGUUGAUGAGCCAAACGCAAAUAUCAGAUAUUCCAUCGUUCUGGAGCAGUAGCCAAUUUCAUGCCACCGUAGCAAACUAUAGCAUUUGCCCCAUUCCGAUUGGUUUGCUACGUUUGACCGUAGCAAACCAAUCAGAAUGCCGUAUAUGCCAAUUUUCGCUACGGUCAGAUUCGACCUUAAUGAAUCUGACCGUAGCGAAAAUUGAUCAUAUAUGGGCAACACGCUACGGUGUAUUUCUGAAGGAUGAUAUUUUCUAAGCUAUAGUCCAUUGCGUAAUGACCCGCAAACGGGCAAUUACAACCGUAUUUUCGGGCGGGAAUUCUUAAAACAAUUAACGUUACGUAUUAUAAAUGUCAUCAAUUUGUCAAAAUAAAAUGUUUUAGAACAUAUAAAACUAAAUAAAAUAAAACCUUGAAAUAUAAACAAGGAAAGUAAACAAAAUAUUGCUAAAUUAUAUUUUACAUUGAUUUUAUGAUCCAUGUUAGAACUGGCCUAUGGAAAAUCUGACCGUAGCAUAUGCUACAGUUGCAACGGUCUAAAUCCGCCCCUGUGUGAAUGUUCUGAGUAUAUGUAUAUACCUCAUCUAAACAUUCAUAACUCUUGCACUCGAAGAAAAUCACACCUGAAAUCAUAGUCCAACAGAGACUAAGUAAAUUAACAUGAUCUAGUUAUAUGUAUUCUUCACAGUCUGUCGCAGAACGAGUGCAGGAAAUGUUCAGAUUAGUGUAAUCUUUUUACACAAUUUCUUAUAUUUCAAGUCUCAUAAAGGAACGCUUUGUUCGAGGCUCCGUUUAGCACGAAUGUUUCCGAGACCUGUCUUAUCUUUCCGUACUUGGACCGAACUUCUAGGAUAGGUGCCUUAAUUUGCGGUGUAUUUUAUUCUAGAUACGCUUGCAUACUUGGUAUAUACAAAGUUUGGUUUUGUGUUCAUCUUUCUGAAGACUGCAGUUCAUGAAUGAUCUAGUCAAGACUUGGCGUGUGUGUGUAAAGUUGAGAGUCACACUUGAAGAAUAUUUGAGGUAAGGGAAAGCAUUCUAUUUUAUGAAGUCUAACACACCAUAUAUUAAAGUGCACCUAACCUCAAUUCUUCUAACAUCUCAUUCCUAAGAACUUUUGAAAUGAUAUUGUAACUUAUUUUGAAGUUUUUGUUUGGACACUUUGUUUCUGAGUUAUUUCAGUUUUAUUGAUAUGUAAAUGUCCGAAAUUUACGUCACAUGUGGAUAAUGACUGAUCAAAGAAUGUAAGGUACAGUUAAAUAUCAUGAAAUAAAAAGGUUAGUGGUGUUUAUGUAAUCCUCCCACAUUGACUCCAAACUUCAUUUUAAUGAAUUAAACUCGACAGUGAAUACGAUAUACAAGCUUUUACUUUAAAUCAUUACGCAUUUGUGACGUAAAUUCCGGAUAUUUUCAUACCAAACACACUGAAAUAUCUCAGAAACAAAGUGAGCAAACGAAAACUUCAAAAUAAGUUAUUAUAUCAUUUCAGACGUUCUCAAAAAUGAUAUAAGAUAAAAUAAUUGAAGUUAGGUGCACUUUAGUUAAGCCUCUUUUCCAUUCAUCGCAAGAAUGAACUCACUGUGUCAUUUGAAUACUUUGAAACAACCACAAUCAAUGCUCAACAGUUUAUUUUAAUUUGACGCAAGCACUCGCAGCGAGUUUACAAGUUGGUUUUGCGAUGAGUGAGAUGAAAAGCCUUUAUCACGUAUACAAUUUCGCUUUGGCCGAGCUUGAUUUUAGGAAGUUAUUUAUAAUCCUGACGCACCUGGGAUAACUGCCUGCCUGCUACGUCCUUAUCAUGGUAACCUGCCUGAUCGCAGGUUACUAUCAUGGGAAAUGAGCGAUUCACUUCUAAAUUGGUAAUUUGGCAUCGAUUACUGGCUUAUAACGUGAUUGUUGUGGCGAUGUUUUUAUCAUUGUUUUUGCUUACAUGGCGACUGACGGAUGACGUUAACUUCUUAAGUAUUAAAUUUUAGGGGUUUUUUUUUUCAAAUUGGAAACCGAGUAUGCCUUCGCCUUUCUCUACUAACGCCUCAAAUCUCUAUUAAAUACAUAAACUUUUAGUCAAGGUAUACCAUAGCAAGACUUCGUAAAUAUGCAAGCAAUCCAACUUUGCACCGCAUCUUGAGGGGGGCAUUGGGGGGGGGGGUGUAUUCAAUACCGUUAUAGCGCAAGCAAAUUUUCGGUCAAUAACCGCAGUUUUUUACUCCAGAAUUGCAAAUACCGUGUACCGCAAGAUUUCCAAUAUCGUAAUACCGCAAUUUUUCAAGGAAAUUACCGUAAGAAAAAUAAGCCAAUACCACUAUACCGUAAAUCCCAAUGUCCCCCCCCCCCCAUCUUCUAUGGGCUGCAGUGUACGUCAGAAUGAAAUAAUAUGGUACAUAUAAUAGUUUUGUUUGUGGAAACACCACGUAAAUUUAUUACUGCAAAGCUUUCGAUCCGUAAGCCCGGAUCUUCAUCAGUGCUAAUAAUAUAUGACAAAUAUAUGGCAAACGUACAAAGGACUUAAUAUGGCACAUGUUGAAAUCUCUUGUUCAUGACAUAAUCAAAUUUGACCUGGUUGGUCUCUGGUAUUGUUUUCGUCUGAGAAAGUAUCUCUAUGUAAUUACCUUGAAUUUCUAGUGACGAAAUAUGAAGCAUUUAAUAUUAGCCAUAAUUAUCGCUGCUGUCAUAUUGUUUUGUAUUUAUAAGUCCAGGUCAACCGAGAAUGGGAGUUGAUGAGAGUUGGCGUCCUCAAACUACACUCAGAUAUGUUCUAUAGCAUUAAAUAUCCUCUAAUCUUUUCAUAUACAACUUUAAUUUGAUAUGAGAGUUUGCAUCCACAAACUACACUCAGAUAUGUUCUAUAGCAUCAAAUAUCCUCUAAUCUUUUCAUAUACAACUUUAAUUUGAUAUGAGAGUUUGCAUCCUCAAACUACACUCAGAUAUGUUCUAUAGCAUUAAAUAUCCUCUAAUCUUUUCAUAUACACUUUAAUUUGAUAUGAGAGUUUGCAUCCUCAAACUACACUCAGAUAUGUUCUAUAGCAUCAAAUAUCCUCUAAUCUUUUCAUAUACACUUUAAUUUGAUAUGAGAGUUUGCAUCCUCAAACUACACUCAGAUAUGUUCUAUAUAUAGCAUUAAAUAUCCUCUAAUCUUUUCAUAUACACUUUAAUUUGAUAUGAGAGUUUGCAUCCUCAAACUACACGCAGAUAUGUUCUAUAUAUAGCAUUAAAUAUCCUCUAAUCUUUUCAUAUACACUUUAAUUUGAUAUGAGAGCCUUUGCAUCCUCAAACUACACUCAGAUAUGUUAGAAGCAUUAAAUAUCCUCUAAUCUUUUCAUAUACAACUUUAAUUUGAUACGAGAGUUUGCAUCCUCAAACUACACUCAGAUAUGUUCUAUCCUCUAAUCUUUUCAUAUACACUUUAAUUUGAUAUGAGAGUUUGCAUCCUCAAACUACACUCAGAUAUUCAGAUAUGAACACAUUAAGCAUAUCUGACGAUGCAAAAUCCUCUAAUCUUAAUCUUAAAGCAUUAAAUAUCCUCUAAUCUUUUCAUAUACACUUUAAUUUGAUAUGAGAGUUUUCAUCCUCAAACUACACUCAGAUAUUCAGAUAUGAACACAUUAAGCAUAUCUGACGAUGCAAUAUCCUCUAAUCUUUUCAUAUACAAGUUUAAGUUUUGUUUUAUUUCCACUUACAGUAAGAAUAAAAUCUUCUCUAGUUAAGUUGUAUAUUUUAUAAGCUCAGCCAUUCAAGUAAAGACGACCGCGAUAAAACAUUUCGCAUUUUUGCGCAAGAAAAAAGCAAAUGUAUUGCAGUGUUUAUACAUAGUCAUUUAAACUCCUCGAUGUCAUGAACUUUAUGUCAUCAUUCACUUCAAGCUUUCUUCACAGAUGUCUGCUACAAUAUUUUCAUUGGCAAGCUCUUUUGAGUGAUAGCUCAAUACUUCUUUUUUUGCGUCACAUUUUGCCAACGCGUUAGGAGAUCGGGGACAAUGGGGUUACGUACGGGUGUCCCCGAUAAUUUAUGGAGUAUCCACAUCGGGCUGUAGAGGUAACCCACCACCUCCAAUGUUAAAGGAGACAUUUGUAGUUAGUAUUGAUCAAUAUACUUCGCUUCUAAAGCCAAUUGUUCCAGGAUUUUAGAGUAUGUAAAGAAUCAUGUGUCAUGCUUCAGCAACUGUGACAUAUCUAUAAAAGCAGUCUCUGUCAGCGUCAAACUGCCUGACCCAGACAAGACCUUGAACUGAUAUAAUCACUGAAUUUAUCAUUUGAGAAACCAAACACCGCAUACAGAUCAGAGACAUUGGUCGUGUGAUACAGUAACACUUCAUCUCACUAUGUUCAGCCGUCAUUAUAUCAAGGCAAUCACAAGAAAGGUCAUGCGUAAUAAUGGAUAACAACUUUUGGGGAUUAUAAGUGAGAUAUUUUGUGAUUCGACCUGGAACUGAAUACCAUAUGUACACGACAUUUGUCUGUGUGAUUUUGAUGUCUGAUCUUCAAUAGACAGCAAACGUUUGUGAUUAUUCUCUGGUAUUUUAAAGAUUUAUCGGAUUUGCGCGAGUCUCUAAGAUUCUGUGCUUUGAAGCUCUGACUCAUUUUAGAGGCUGGGGAAUACACAGCAAGAGGGAAACGAAGGCUGGGUUGAACUGUAAGUAGAUCAGUUUAGGUAAAUGAUUGGCCACAUUCUCAUGAGGAAUUUACUAUCCUACUUUGUGCACAGAGAUUUUACUUUGAUUUUUCAUUGGCGGGUAUUUGUAAGAGAACAAAUUGAUUUGAAAAGACGACACAUUAAUUAAGGAAAAUUUGGUCCUGUGGGACGGGGGGGGUGUAUAUACACCAAAUGUCCCAGGCUGGACAUCGUACGACAGCCAAGUUAGUAGCAAAUAUCACAGGUUUCCUACGGUAUAGGGUUCUCUUGUGCCUUAUUGGAUUUCUUGGGAGAAGAAUUUAGAUAGAAUCAUAGAACUAAUAUCUGAGCGCAGUACUUGUUCAUCAAGGGCAAAUCAAAGUGCAAAAAUAACAGUUCUAGCACCGUCUAAAAUAGUUUUGUUUACGUAACCUGCAGCAACCAUUACUUUGUUCUUCCUUCAUUUUUAAUUUCGAUAAGUCUGGCUACGAGAUUGCUAGAUUUAAUAGAUACACUAAGAUAAUAAAGUUGUUUCCAGAGAAAGAUGUAAUUGUUGUUUCCAGAAAAAAAACCCCAAAAAACACGAAUAUAAGAGCAUCGCACCUGACAAUGAAUAGGUUUUUUUCAUUUUUUAUCUCCACAAUUUUCACGCUGAUUGUCGUGUUGGCGAGUAUGUCUUUCACGUCUAAAGCGAGCAGUUGAGAGCUGAUGGAGUUGAUUGACGCAUGAUUACCAUGCAGUCUAUUUGGCGUUGCUAGGUUUACAUUUUGCAUUCGUUUUUAGUUGAUAAGAAAAACGACUUAACUUUAUUUGGCACAUAACGCGUGUGAAUGUUGUCGUUUUAUCGUUAUUCAAACCAGAUGAUUUAUUCGAGUUUUGAUUGAGGUUUCAUCUCUGUAUUUAGCCAUUGCAUGCGGGCAUAGGAAUUCUCUCAACUACAUUAGAAAAAUCUGUCGCUUUAUACAAACGAUAGAAAUGUCAUGUAUAUAGUUUUAUAAGGUAAUGCUUGCACCCAGUAAGCACACGUCUUUUUUAACAACUGCUUGCAUGAUUACAAUUUCACCUCAUGCAGUGUGAUGUGAGAAAAUUUCUUCCAUGAGUUUCACUUUGACUCUACCAAACCCCACAUGCAGAUUCAAUUCCCACUUAGGUGCUCCAACUUCCUCCUGUAAUACCGCAGGAACAUUAGGGGAAUAUGAUGUCCUCACUGGACCUUUAGGGACGAAAACAGGUUACUUUUCACUACUAUUGAAAAAACUUGUUAGGAAAACUAGGCAUUGAGAUACACCCCGAACAAAAAUGAUCAAUGUAAAUUUAACUAUAGUUCUUUAAUGAAGUGCAAAAACACUUCUCACGUUAUCCACUGGAAGACGAGAGUAUAAUAGUAAUAUAGUAUUGAAAUACUUGAAAGGUGUUGAUAAUUCGUCUCACUUCAAGAUUAUUUGUUAAAAAGGUUAAAACUACUUUAUCAGCUUUAUGAAGGGCACAAAAUGUCGUGUAGUUUUGCUUAUUUUCCUCCGGUUAUUUCCUGUUAUAGUUGUCUUUUUAAAAUAUAAUUGUAAAAUAAACAUACAAUCCCUAGCAUUCCCAUUGUUAACAGAGAAAUAGAAUGAGUUUAUGUUGGAACAUUUACUAUCGUGUCACUUGGUAGUUAAUUUUCUCAAUCGCUUUAAUUUCUUCUUGAUUUGUUGACAUAGCCUAGUGAAAAAUGGAAUCAGAUUCCUGUAUAAUCUAUUUAUAUCCUUCCGAUUUAGUAAUACAUAUAUGCAUUAAACUUUUAUUCAAUCAAAUUUGAGAGCCUUCCUUUGUGGCCUUAAAUGGGUGGCCUGUCAUGACAAUGUCAAAAAGUCAAGGGGCUUUUUCAUGCUUUUUUACUCCAAAGUGUAUCGUACUCUGUGUGACACCAGACGAUUUUUUUGUUAGUGCAAGAGUUUGCAAGAUCAUAUUAAUUUUGCUCAUAUGCAAAGUUACUUUUUUGGUUAUGUUACGGUACAUGCCGAAUAUACCAUAAUAAUUCAGAGCUGUGAAAAUUCAGAAUCGCGAACAUAUAUAGCGGAUACGUUUAACCAUGGUUUAACUUUGGCAUCAAUAUAGCAGCCCACGGAAGCAUACCAAUUUGUUUUUAAAUUUUUUUGGUGUAGCAAAUGGCGCUUAAUCAGGAAAUGCGCAAUAUUAUGAAGGGUUUUGAGGACUUACGAUCGUAGACGUUUAACAUGACCUACAUAUUUGAUGUUUUGGAAUGCCAUAGUCUUACCCCCUUAAUAGCCAAAUCAAAGGAGUCAUUCGCCCUUCCCAAACAGUGUGUAAUUUAUAGUGCUUGAAGUCUGUGUUCAAUUUGUUCAGUACAGUACAUUACAAUUUGCAGUACAAUAAUGGUAAAGUACGAUACACUACAAUAAAUUUGGAAACAGCCGUAUACUGCUGAUGUGCACGUCUCAUUCGAGCUGCUUCAUUUUCGCCUUCAUAUUCCUCCAAUGAAUGAACGAUAUUUCACAUUAUGAAACAUUAUUUCAAAUGAGAAUUAUCGACUUCAAUUAUUUAUGCCGUCUGCGUACCUCCCCUUAGAACAAUCAAUACUUGACGAGUUUAAAGCCAAUUUAAAGGUGCGGAGAGCUUUGAGUGUCUAUGGUAUUUGAAUUGCUGGACGCCAACCAAAAUUCCCAUCUACAUUAUCAAAACGUUUGCCAAAUGCGAAAACUAAUUUGAAAAUUCUGCGCGCAUUUGCGCGCGGUCUAUAAGAUAUGCGCGCACGUUUGUACUGCUUGCGUAUUCAAAUUUUUCUGCAAAUAAAAGAUCGGUCAGGCUAUAUAGCUUUUACUGUAAGGGCGGCGUUGAAAAUUUGACUAAUCAACACAAAUUCACCCCAUCGUACGAUAACGAUCGCCGGACAAUACCCUAAUGUUCCCGAGUUUUAAAUAUUAUACCCUAAUGUUUAGUUGUCUUUCAACACUACGAACUUUGGGGCAUUUUUCCGUCAGGAAGCCGCCCCAUCAGUAACCAUUUUCUUCACAGCAAUAUCAGUCUGUGUCUUGUGAAUGAUAUAAUAUACUAAUCAAAACCAUGGAACUUAUUUUGCAUAACGAACCUGAAGUUAUGCAGUAUAUUCUCGCUGCUUUUGACGUGUAAACACAAGUGUAGAACAGAGAUAUAUGUGUGCAUGACCCUUUACACGAAGUCCCUCACACCUGUUUUUCAUAUACAUCCAGCGCUGUUUUUCAUUGUUAAAUUAGUGAGCGAUUGAGAACUCUAAGUGUCCUCUAUGUAUGAGGUCAUUUACCUGUGGAGUUGAAAAGGCUCCCCAACGUAUGUCUAUGUGAUCGACGUGUCGACAGCAGUAGUGUCGCUGCGUCCGUGGAUGCUAUGACAUUUUAAUUCAACGCAGUCCACACGAUUUUGGAAUUUCUGGUAUCGAAAACUCUCGAGUGCGUUGAAACCGUAUUGAAAAUAACAAGCUGUUUGCUUUUUGGAACACGGAAUUUUUCAAUGUUGGGAUGCUGAGUUAAAUGUGAACUUGGGUUGCCAGCUUUCUGAGCUAGUGUAGAAAUCGAAGGUACAUGAAUCGAGGCUAAACUCGACUGCUGUUUCAUGUCCAUUGAAUACUGGUAAGUCAAAAUAGAAUAAAUUGGCUACGGCUUUGCGCAGUUUAGCUUUAUGGAAGGGAUUCGAAGGUGGGUGUGACAGAUUUCUACCUUGGCGCACAAAACGAGACGUAGAAAAUGAUCUUCAUGGUACCGUUUUGAGUGCGCAAAAUAUAUAAUUGUCAGUAGGCGUUUGUUUUGAAAUGUGAAGCAUGAAUGCUGAUGCGACUGAGUGAUAUCGUCCAUACUGAUCUGUGUUCUAAAGUGCUCUGGGUAUAUAUUGUUUAUAUACGUCUGUAGUUGAGUAUUUUAUUGUACAAUGAACAAUGUUUUCGUGUCAAUAUAAACAACUGAAUUUCGGUAGUAGUCACGCGAUUUUAUAUGCAGAGUUGCUAAUGUAUGUGUUCUUAAUCUGGCUAUAUAUUCUUAUAUUUAUUUAUACAAAAAUACUUGAGUACUUUAUUGUACAAUAUAUAAGGUUUUUCAUAUCAGUCUAAACAACUGGAUUGCAGGUGAUCAUGCAAUUUGAAUAAAUCUCAUGCGCGAUGUAUGUAAAUUACAACAGACAUAUGCUUGAAUUCAAAGUGCGAAAAAAAAUGAGUUGCUAGCAGACAUACGACUAAUUAGUUGUGUUUAAUUGACAGAAUUUUGAGGAAUCCUUUAUGAUCUAAUUUCAUUGUUUUCGUGUGGUUCUUCGCGUACCACUUUAUAAUUAAGAAUCGAAGAAAGAUGACCUGGUAAUUCUCACGCGAAAUCUCAACGUAAAUUAUUACUGUACUUAGUGUACCUCAACCUCUGUCUAAAUCUAUGUCGCUCAACUCCUUAAUCGUGCUCCAUAUGCUGUUGCUUCUAUCUUUCAGCGAAAUAGUCUGCCUUCAUUUAGCAAGUCCAUACACAGAUGCGUGUGUUGUUCUCUUUGGUAUAAUGACUGAUGUGAAUUUGCCAUUGGAUUCAAUUACAUUUAAGUUGUACAAGUAUUAGUUACUAGCAAAAUAUGUUGGUUAAAAAUGAAUUGGAUAUACAAUGUAAUGUCAACCCUAUUAACAUCAUAUGCGCUAGUAUAUUUACUAUAAAAUAUCUCAUUAGCAUAUUAUGCGCACUAAUGCUUAAAUUACAAUAUCGCAUUCAUGCAGCCACAUGCCGUAAAUAUCAUCGGAACGCUUUCCGCGUGAUAGGCGCGGAAAAACAACAAACUUAUUCAUGAGGCUUUGAAUAAUAUAUCGUGAAAACAUCAAUGGGAAAUGCUUAUUCUAUUUAUAUCCAUGAACAGGAAACUUGCAAUUGCGACAGCAAUUGCCGCGUGACGUAAAGAAAUGUGUGUGUUUGGUGAAACGUAUUUUAAUAGGCGUUGACAAUGAGUGUGAAAGACACAAUGGUUUGCAUAACCUUGAUUUGUUCUGGCUUGCAACACACUCGUUUCUAUGAAAGGAGAGGUGUGAAUACUGAAAGAAGAGACCUGGAUAGUCUUUGAAUUGCUCUGACCUUGCGAACGUUCUACGCCAUGAAUGAUUCCAGAUAUACACUAAUUUUUGAUCUAGGCAAGAUGAACAAAAUCCAUCACCACAGCUAUUCAUUACCAGUAUGCAUGUGAACAUUAGGGGCGGACCAUUAGAAAAGUGAUGGGGGGGGGGCUAAAUCUUGCAGAUAUUGGUGCAAAAAAAGGUUUUAAGCAUGUUUUUGUUAAUUUGUCAGGGACAAAUGAUUUGUAUUGAACCUUAACUUAACUGAUGUUAGUCCGGAAAUUUUUUUGACCCUUUUUUUAUUUUAAUGUCCUGAAAAAAUGUUAACUUGCAUCAGGGGAUUCAUUUUUUUAGAGUCAGCUGGGGUCAGUUGUUCAAAGCUGAUCAGCUUAACCCUAGGUUAACCUAAAAUUCACUCAAACUUCCUGACAGCUUGUUUAUAAAUUUGGAAAUAUUUCUUCAAAGAUCUUGUCUGGAUCGAUAGAAGUUUUCUUCUCUCAAGUUUUGAAAUAAACAGACGUGUAGAAAUACACAAACUAAAACAGCAGGUUAAAUUUUAACCGAAGGUUAGCGCUAACCCACUUUUGAACAACCGGCCCCUGGUGUCAAAAGGGGUCAUUAAAAAAGACAUGCAAAAAAUCCCUGCGGAAUGAAACGUUUGGAAUUACAGUAAAUGACAUGAGGUCUCCUGUGGUAUUUUUUUAAAGCAGUGGGAGGCUGGGUUCCGCCGAUUGAGUUAUCAUGUUCUGGGAGUGAUUAGAUUUCCUAGGCUGGGAAAACCGCCGCGAAAAGUACUUUCUAUUUCUGGAGUUAAUCUAACUGUCAAAAUUGUGCCCGUUUUGGGAUAUCCAAAUAUAAUAGCAGGAAAUUGUUUAAAUAUAUAUAACUCCAUAAACAUCGCAAGCAGUUGGGAACGGCUAUUUCAAAAUAAACGUUUUUGUCAACUCGCCCAAAAUAUUAUUUUGUCAUUGCGUCUCGAUGCGUUGUGUUACUUUCCAGUUUUAAUUAACACUAGGAAGAAGUGUUUAGAAUGAAUACGUCUAGGACUAGCCAGAAUACAGCCCUGGUCAAAUGAGAAUUUGAUGAGAGUUGAGAAGCGAGAGUUUACAUGAGAGCCCUAACCUUAACACUAACCCUAUACCCUUUUCAAUAGACCUUUCCCCUUAUGAGUGAAAUUUUGAUCUAGAUAUGCCUGGACAAAAAUUUCAUCACAGCUUGAAAGAGCAUCACAAAAUUAGUAAUAUUCCGAAGUUUCGUUGCGAAAUGUUGUAAAAUGCGGAUAAUAUAGCCCUGCGACGUUUGCCGUUUUUCAGUCAUUUUGUAUUACAAAUGGGAAAUUGAUAAUCAGUUUGACCAUUUGUAAUACAAAAUGACUGAAAAACGGCAAACUUCGCAAGGCUACAUUAUCCGCAUUUUACAACAUUUCGCAACGAAUCUUCGGAGUAUUACUAAUUUUGUGAUGUUCUUUCAAGCUGUGAUGAAAUUUUUGUCCAGACUUGUCUAGAUCAAAAUUUCACUCAAAAGGGGAAAGGUCUAUUCUGAAGUUCUUUACGUUUUCCUGCAGGUAGUAGCAGGCAUUAAAUGGCAACGCGAGAAGCUUUCGCUGCUGACGUAGCUCACGAGGACACGGCCUUCCAACCAGGAGUCUGGUGCGAGAAAUGUAACAAACGUUUGGUUGAACUGAAAAGACAAACAUUGAAACUUAUCGUGCCUGAGCUAAAUAAUGUUAUCCAGUAUGAAGGGAGUUUACACAGGGUGAGUACAAAUCUUUCUUGUGGACAGAUUUAAAAUGAAACCUUUCCGGUUAACCACUUAACCAAAUAUGAAACCUUUGGUUAACCGCAUGUAACCCCGGGUAACCGCAUGUAACCACAGUUAACCGCAUAUAACCCUAGUUAACCACAUGUAACCCUGAGUGAAUCGUCCGUUUUAUGCAUCCUAUACUUCCGAAUGAUCAUGUUAAUUUUUCAUUGAAUGAACCGGUUUUGAACUUUUGAGACAAAAGUUUAUUUUCGAUAUUUUUAAAGAUGACGUCAUGAAAGAGCGCACGAUAUAGAUAGUAUAAUUUGUGAAACAGCAAAAUACCGAUUUGUUCGACUCACAAAAGUAAAAAGAAAUAUUAUCUUAAACAGGUUUUGGUCGAUUACUAUUCCGGAAAAAUGUUAUUGUUUGACGACAUAAUACACAAUUACUGAGCCGUGUUUUCAGCAAAAACAUCUGUUCUCAAUAUCUCUUUUGCAAACCUGUCUUCAUGUUUGUUACUCGAAACCAAUUACUCCAUUUAUGCUAAGUUCAACACGUAUGGACAAAAAAAAUCAGGGAUUUGUUAACUGAAAGUUUGAAUGCUUGCUACAAGGCUAAAUUAGUCAUUUUUAUGUCAAGUAAAUGAGCUAUUACUUCUUCAUUAACGCGUCUGAUGUGGUGUCGCCAUCUUGACUCGGACGAAAUUAGUUUUCUGCUUGCAUUGUGUGCGUGUACAAUAGGCUAUAAACUUGCAUAAAAGCUCAUGAAAUUGGCGGCAUUUGAGUCACGCCUGUUAAUGAUACGUUUCAUUGUACAAUUUCUGUAAAAGAAAUUAAACUUCAAUCUUUCCUGCUGGCUAUAAUAAUGUUUGAUCCUUUAGCAUUUUUUCAAUUAUGCAAAUAUCGCUGCUUGAAAGCCUACAGAAAAGCUGUCUGGCUCCAUCUCAUUUAGUCUUGCACUGUACUAACUUAACUCAAUUAUGAAACUUUUGUGAAAAGAAUCAGCCAACGCUCUACCGAAAGUCGUGGGGUACUUCGGUUGGAAUGGUUGACAAGGUGGGUUGCAUGGGAUUAGCUCCUAACUGACCCUUCCCCUUUAGCUGUGUUUCUUGAUCAGACAUGAGUCACAAGGUGCCUACCAGAAGCGCCCUUAGAAAGCCUUCGACUCGAUCAGGUUGAGCUGCUACUAGAAUUAGUAUCCUGCAUGUAAAUUCAUGCAUCCUUUAAAUUUUCACAUGAAAAAAAAUUCUUAGAAAAAAACUUUAGUAUUACCUCUAUUUCAUCUUCAUAUUUAGGUUGACCUUUUGCCCUAUUAGGUAGCUAAUAUUGUAUAUUAUAUUGUAUCAGUAUUAGGAGGGCCGCAGGUUUAUCAGUUUAUGCUGUUAUAUCAGAACCAGAUAGCUGAAUUGAUGCCGCGUCAGCCUGGCUACUGCAGGUUCACUAAUCAUGCAUGAGUCACCUUUGUAUUCGCUGACACAGUGUGGAUAUAUAUCAUGGAGAACGGUUCUGAUAGAGCUAUCCAGUAUUAAUAAAGUUAGUUUUCAUUAAAAGCAGGAGAAGGCCGGCAAAGCCGUGACUUUGUGAUUGUACUCAAUAAUUGUUUUUUUGUUCCGCGUACAAUGCCAAUCGCUGUGUAUUGUACGUUUCACUAAGAAAUUGUCAUUUUAACAUUGGAACAAGACCCAACACGUUUAAUGACGUGUCCUUUUCGGUAAUAUUUGCGAAAUGUUUUCGGGACAAUUUUCCAAAUUGUGGUCACAAAUAAAUAACUGUGGUUUUUCGGUACUUUUUCGUGCAUUUAAAUGUUAUUAAAACUCCAAUGUAUGCUAACUAUUAUCAACACAAAUAUAGUAACGCCUUAGAUUAAACUGUACACAUCUCAUGCGAGAUAAUAUAGUAAUAUUAAGAGUUGUUUGACGCAUGGAAAAUUGGAUCAAAAACCUAUAUACGUAUAUUUCAGACGUAACCGCAAACAGUUACAUAUAUAGAUACAGUUUUUUGCCCGAAACUUCUUAAUUUCCAUUCCUCAAAAAGCUUUAAAUUUAUUAAUGGCUUGCCGUAAUAAUAACACGUUAAUAGGCCAUAUUAUGCUCUGCCGUAUGUUAUAUUAUGCAAAGCAAGAGCAGUAAACGAUGACCUUUGUUGAAUCUGAUUAACAAUAUCAUGCGGCUACAAUCAACAAUGACACGCGGCAGGAGAUAGCACUACAAAGCACUUUAAAGCUUCCAGUUAGUUUAAACUCAAUACUCACAAAUGGCCACUGAAGUAAGAGGCCGUUCCUCGAAGCUUCUUGAUGCGCUUGUUUUACACAAACCGAUACCCAUUAAACGAAAACGGAGCUGUACCACCUUUAGUGAGUCGACGAGCGAUUUGAUAGAAGAUGAAAAUGAUAAAGAUAUGGGGGAAGUUAAUCAAUCUCAUCUUGAUUCUGUGGAGUCAGUCAUCGAUGAGGUACUAAUGUCGUUGUGUAUUUUAGGAAUCUAGUGCUACUUAGCACGCAUUGGUAUUUUAUAGUUAGAGAAUUGCCUCAUUUUUUCAGUGUAGAUAUAGCGGUAUUGAUAUAAUUGAUGUAGGUUUUGCAAUUCCAAUUUUAAUGCUGUAUGUGGAUUCUGUUAUCGAUAAACUAUAAUUAUUGUGUAUUGUUGGUUUCGAUUUUUAAAAGAUAAGAUAAGAUAUUGCGGUUUCCAGUGUAUCAGUGGCAACAGUAAUCAUAAGAUUGAUUGAAGCAUGUAACUACUUGGAGAAAAUACCUACAGGUUUUGAAGGAAGACCCUUCAUUUUCAUGUAGAAGCCACAAAGAUUAAGGAAGUAGACGAAUUAAGUGUCUUCCUUCGAAGGAAUCGAAGCGUCGAGGUUGUGGCCUUUUUUUCAGGUAGUUGCAUUCAUCGACCAAGCUCAAUGUGAUUUUUGACAGCACUUUAGAGAGUCUCCUCAUUUAGUGCAUGUUUAGAUCAAAUAUAUAUUUGCUAUCAGACUAUUUCUAAUCUCUCAAUUUUGGCGGUUAUCGAUAGCGUAUAAUUAUAUUGUGAAUCUUUCGAACUGGUAUAUUAGGCUUAUCAGAUAAACAAGAAUAUAUAGUUUAUAAGCAAUGACAUAUAGAGAACAGCCUCCUUUAGUCUUAGUAUAUAGUUUAAAUAUUAUAGGUAUUCAAUUCUAAUUUCAAUGUAUGUGUGGAUUCCGUUAUCGAUGUAGUCUGCAUAAGCUAUAAUUAAUGUGUAUUUUUGGAAUUGAUUUAUCAGAUAAACUAAGAUAGAUUAAUGAAGUGAAAUGGAAUUUAGGGAAUGAAACUAUAUAAACUCACUUUAUCAUACUUGCUAGCUUUAUCAGUUCUAACCGUUCUCCAUGGAGGUCCAGUAAGGAUCAUCCCUUAUUGAUCCAGUGUUACUUUACAGGAGGAAUCUAGAAUACCGGGAAAAAUCUUCGGUAUUUGGUAGAGUCAGGCUUUAUUUAACAGGAAAUAAUUGAAUUACGACAUAUAGUCAUGUUGCUUAUAAGGAAAGGGUCGAUAUUAGCCCGAGUUUGAAAUUGUAGGUAGUCACUUAUUCAUAUACUGGAAAUAUAUAUUCUAGUAUACUUGGUUUAGAAUGCUGCUUUUUAGCCCAGUUGACGUCAACUCGCCGAGCAUGGUUCUACUCCUGCAAUUCCACUUGUCAGGUUAUAUUUUCUUCCAGUUUGACUCAAACACUGCAGGUUCUCUUCAAACCCUCCGGGUUCCUCCCAUGGUAACUUUGGACGAAUAGAGGAUAUACUCCUUACUGGACAGAAAUGAUAGUGCUAUGCAGUAUACACUCAUGUUAGUUCAAUUUUGUCAAAGGUUCAAACCACAUAUGCUGUCCUUAUUGUGCAAUGUUUGCUUCAGAAGUUCUAGAUUUUGUUAUAAAGUAGCAAUCCAUGAUGAAUGCAGGCCUUCAUACAUCUCGACAUUAGCGUAGGGAGAAAAGGUACCGACUAUAGUUACAGUUUUUGUAGCGGCAAAGUAGAGAGAGGAAUACAGUACUCUGGAAUUUCGAGGGAGAUCUCUAACCCAGCAGGAGUGUAAAUGCCCAAAUGUCAUUUCUCAUAAAGAAAAAAAGCAUUUAUCGAGUUUUUGUGGUGGAUUUUUAUUUUUCGUUCGUUUUCACGUCCUAACAAUUUUAGUCUUUUGGGCUUGGUUUGACUGUUUCCAUCCGCAUUUCAUUGAUUCAACUUUACAUUUCAGCAAAUGCUCACAAACGUUCACAUAUUUUAAAUUUUAUCAGAUAGCUCAAAUGCCUAUACGAUAGCUACUUCAGCAUGAUGUCAUAUACUCUGAAUAUAUUUGACUCUGCUAAGGGCUGGUUCAUACUAUUAAAGUUUCUGUGAUCACAGUAGCAAUUUUGCAUGGGUAAAUUCUAUGUUUGCGGAAGGAUUUGUGAGCAAUGUUUGAGGGGACUAAAUCAGUGUUUAACACUGAAUCAUUUCCCUCAAACAUUUCUUACAAAUCCUUCAAAACUCAGAACUUACCCAUGCAAAAUUCCUACUGUGAUCACAGAAACUUUGGUAGUGUAAACCAGGCUUUGGCACACAGCAUAAAUGAAUACCUACAUUCAUUCCUGAGAUCACGUCUGUCAUAAGCUGAUCAUAGAAUAUAGCUCUAAUUAUCGUCUAGUGCAGGUUUCUGCCCGUUGCCACGAAAUAUCAGAUAACGUACACUAUCAAGUAACUAGGUAUGUAAGCAUAGAAUGGAACAAAGGUGAUCAAAUAUCAAAAUUAUAUAUCUGAGUGAAUUGGGCGGAGGAAACGGGGCAAAACAUGGAAAAAAACACUAACGGGGUUGUGUCAACUACAUGUAUGUAAGUUACUGGGAAAAUUAUGACUCCUACAUUGCUAUACAAUGCAAGACAAUGCGGCUCACUGAUAACCUGGUGCUGUGUUUGGACAAAGAAACAAUCUGCAUUAUAAUUAGAGACGAACAAAGAGUUUCCGUCACCAACGUUUCCAGCCUCAACAAUGAAUCAUGCAUAACAUAGACGAAACUAAACCAAUUUAUUUCAACUGGGUAGCUCGAUCAGUUCUAAAUUCUCCUUCCUAGAGGUCUAGUAAGGGCCAUGUUAUCAGUGUUACUACAGGAGGAAACCUAAACUAAACCAACUUUAUUUAUACUGGAUAGCUCUACCAGUUCUAGACUGUUCUCCCUAGAGGUCCAGUAAGAAUCAUGUGGUGUUAGGAGAUGUAACGGCUACAGUUAGAUAAUAGUGAGGUAGUGAGGUUCAGAUUUGACUACUACCGCUAACAUUAAUAGACCAUUAACCAAUCAGAUGCGUUUAAUCUUACCGAUUAACCAAUUACAUGCGUACAAAAAUUAGCUGAAGUGGAAGUCGAAUCUAGGUACUUCGGAUCCCAAUAGCCUGUUGGAAAAUCCCCUCAUCAAUGAGUGAAAAAACGCAAUAAACUCAAGAUUGAUUUUGCUAUUUUUAUUCCCAGGGUUCGAGGCUAGCGACGCGUAUAUUUGACCAACUUCGCGUUCCGGAUACAGAACUGAAAUCCUGGCGAGACAACCGCUGUGAUAUUUGUUCGACCAACGUGGCUCAGCUGAAGAAUGAAGCGCUGAGUAUGGUUCAAACUUUGGAAGAUUCCCGCUUAUUGGCUGCCCACGUUCCAAGACUCGCUACGUCACCACCUACGUCACCAACGGAAGGACAGAGACCGCUGGUCACGAAUCCUUCAGUCGCCGAAAGCUCAUACAACCAUGCUGUGAAUUUUCCACCAAGAUAUGGUGAGAAUCUACUGUAUUAAUAUAUCGUGAUGAUUUGUACUUGGCUAGAAAAAUUAGGUUGUAGUUUUUCUAUGAAGCGUUGGUAACACAGUGGUGAGAUAGUGCUCAUGUGCGUUGGUUCGAUCCCUGCAGUGCAAUAUGCAGUUGUCUGAUUAUAAUUUCACGUCAGUCACAUGUGAGAAGAAUGCUUCCAGUUUGACUCUGCCAAACACCGCAGGUUUUCUCCAGAUACUUCCAUUUGUUCUUGUAAUAACACUAAGUGAAAAAGAAUAGCCGUUAUUGUUCCUCUAGGAAGAACAAUUCAGAACUGAUAGAGCUAUCCAGUAUAAAUAAAGUUAGUUUAGUUUAGGUUGCCCGUUGUAGUAACACUGGAUCAAGAAGAGAUUACUCUUGCUGGAUCUCUGGGAAGAACAGUUCAGAACUGAUAGAGCUAUCCAGUAUAAAUAAAGUUAGUUUAGUUUAGGUUGCCCGCUGUAGUAACACUGGAUCAAGAAGAGAUGACUCUUGCUGGAUCUCUGGGAAGAACAGUUUAGAACUGAUAGAGCUAUCCAGUAUAAAUAAAGUUAGUUUAGUUUAGGUUUCCUCCUGUAGUAACUCUGGAUCAAGAAGAGAUGAUUCUUACUGGAUCUCUGGGAAGAACAGUUUAGAACUGAUAGAGCUAUCCAGUAUAAAUAAAGUUAGUUUAGUUUAGGUUGCCCGCUGUAGUAACACUGGAUCAAGAAGAGAUGACUCUUGCUGGAUCUCUGGGGAGAACAAUUCAGAACUGAUAGAGCUAUCCAGUAUAAAUAAAGUUAGUUUAGUUUAGGUUGCCCGCUGUAGUAACACUGGAUGAAGAAGAGAUGACUCUUGCUGGAUCUCUGGGAAGAACAGUUUAGAACUGGUAGAGCUAUCCAGUAUAAAUAAAGUUAGUUUAGUUUAGGUUUCCUCCUGUAGUAACACUGGAUCAAGAAGAGAUGAUUCUUACUGGACCUCUAGGAAGAACAGUUUAGAACUGAUAGAACUAUCCAGUAUAAAUAAAGUUAGUUUAGUUUAGGUUUCCUCCUGUAGUAACACUGGAUCAACACUGAACCUCUAGGGAGACAGUUUAGAACUGAUAAAGAUAUCCACUGUAAUUAAAGCUAGUUCAGUUAGUUUAGUGAAGUGAAAUUGAAUAAGAUUUUUCUCGUUCCAGGCUACAUGGCGUACGGUCAUGAUCCCACUCCAGCGCAACAACUGUCAUCUUCAAUGUUUGCAAGGUAAGAUCAUGUCAAUGUAGAGAGAUCAGUUUUCAUUCUCUGCAGAGUCAGAAUUUAAUUUGAAACGAUCCAUUAUAUAUCCAUUUAUCUAUUCUCAUAUCACUGGAUGAUGACGUGUUAAUAUUGUAUAAAUUUCCAUUAAUCUUACACCUGUAACUGACAAGCCGACUAUGAAAAAUCCUAAGACGUUUGCUGACUGAUAUUAAUAUUAUGAUUUCAUUUCGAAUUUGUUUGAACAAGGCUGGGUUAUGCAUGACACAGUACGAAGGUGGGCCUAUACACGAUCAUCAGUAGAUUGCUUGCUUUUUGCGUCAGAUGAUGACAAAACAAAUAUGUCAUAUUAAUGUGAAUAGCUUGAAUAGACAAGCGAGAGCCAUUAAUUUGUGAUUGUCAUUCGCAGUUGUCUGCGUGCAAAGCCUAUAAAGGUUUUAGCUGGGAUAAUCUUAUAUAAAAAUCAGACAUUCGGUGAACGGCAUAGCUAUAUGGCAAGCUUAAAUCAAAAUUCAAAUGCAUCUAGCUUAUUAGAUGUUGAUACGCGAUUCACGGAGUUGAGUCGAGCGUUUAUUUUGCUUCUACAGCGCCACAACGAGGAAAAAAGGUGAGAGGUGCAUUAUUUCAAUAAGUUUUGUUUCUGUAAAAGGUUAAAGAUUUUUACUUAUUAAGGUUAAAAGGUUUUGGUGACGCAAAAAAUAGGGCAAAAUCAUACAGCUUUAAUCGAUGAUGUUGAUAUAAAAGUAUAUAUUUAUGCAAUAUAAGUUUAAUUGGAGAUAUUUAAUGACAGGACUGUAUAUGCAACGACAAUCUUUGUAAACGCAACUCAAUAUAUGCGGUAGUCAUGAAUUCAACAAUUAUCUUUCAUAUAAGAAGACGUGGUUUUCAAUUGGCUUUUUGACGCAAAAAUUAAAAGUGUGAGUGUGUUAAACGAGGCGAGUAAAAAAGUAAAAUCAGUAUUUGUAAAGUUAGUGGUAGCGCAAAUCGAUCGAUCAAGAAUUAUUAAAUAUACUUUUAAAGAGAAAAUCCUGGCACUUCAUGAAACGAGCAUAUGAAAAUAUAUGUGCAAGGUAGAUUAUCAUGUUUGAAAAGUUGAAAGUCAAUGAGUUUAAUAUUAUCCAUCUAGUUAUCUAUCUAUAGAUAUUUUAGCAAUAUACCGUUAUCUAGCGGAUAUCUUGCACAUGUCUCAAGUUGAUAUUAUUUUUAUGGAAAUAUAUUAAAAGCUCUGUUAUAUGCAUAUUUAAAUGUAGAAAUCUUAUUAAAUUUUGGAUUCUAGACCAGACGGCUCUAAAAUUUGCACUCUGUCUGGAAAAAUCAAUUUCUCUUGCGAAUUUAUUGAUAUAGAGCGUUCAUUGUUUUGUUAUAUAGGCAAUAUUUUCGCAGCAUAAAGUAAUAUGUUUUGUGUCAUGUCCAAAUGCAUGCACUACAUCAAUAUACGCUUUUUAUAAAAUAAUGAAUAAUGAAAGGUUAAAGUGAACCUCGUACCCAGGCUGUUUUCGCCUCGCCCGGUAACAAAGUACUGGGGACAAGGGAUAAAAUAUAAAAAGUUGAAAGGAUUAACACUUCCCAAAAUUACAGUCAAACAAAUUCAGUGAGUCGUUUCUAUAUACGAUGACGCAUCUAUACUUGCAACCGAAGUUUUGGAGGACAUAUAAGAUCUAUACAGCGUUUUAAUUACACUAGAGUGUGAGAAAUAUUCACAUUAUCCAUUAACGUCAUUAAAUGAAUUGAUCAUAGGUAUUCCUGUUUGGAUCUGUGCCAGAAUUUAGUAAGCUCAUGCGAUUUCUUCCAUGUAUAUAUGCUUUGGUUUCUAUUUAUACUUUUACCUCCAAUUGGCAUGAAAGUAUAUCGAUAUUGUCUCUAAACUGAUAACGAUAAAGCUUUUGACAAGUGUUUCAAAUUUUUAAUCAACAUCAAUAUCUGCUCAUGCAAUUUUAACGAAAUUAGUUUAUACAUAAAUUUAUUGCGUCAAAUCUGCAUUCAUUGUGAUUAAUGGAUAAUGAAAUUGGAUUCAUAUUUCCCAGCUGAUGAUGAUUACGUUAAAAAAUUCACUCAAUGCUCAUUUCCCGUUGUGCUCAAGCAUCAUUUUCAUCAUGUAUUUAAAUUUUGUUUUGAUUCAAUAAAAUUUGUGAAUUCUUUUGGAAAACUGGGAGGUAAUGGAAUGGAAUUCAAAAUUUCAAAAUGAGAAAUUAUUUCAAAAUGAGAAAUUUAAUUUGGAUCAUUGAUUGUGUAAUGAAAAUGGUAAUAUUCCAUAUGUAUCAGUGAAAAAAAAUGGAAUGAGCAAAAAUAGAAAAUUGAAAGGAAUAAAUGUACAUACGUAUAGUGAUUGUUUGUCAAUCACAUUGUCAGAAUUUUAAUCCGCUCUGUGACUUAUUUGAUUUUGUGCCAAAACAAUGUUUACUAUCUAUAUAAAUGUCAUACUAGAAAGUUAUUUAUAUUGGUUAGUGCUAUCAGUUUUAAACUGUUCUUCCUAGAAAUCCGGCACAGGUGGCACAAUGGGUCUGCUUUUCAGCUCUGUGACUGAGGUUUCAUUCCUACAUUGUACAGUUUUGUGAUUAUAAUCAGUUCGCCUCAAUCAUAAUAUGAGAAGAUUGCUUCCAGUUUGAGCCAAUCACCACAGGUUUUCUCUGGGUACUAAAUACAGUCCGAUAUUACUAUGUCAUCUUCGUUAAUGAGAUGGAAGGGUGCAGGCAAGCUCUGACAUUUCUGUCUUCAAAGAAGAAAAACAAAGUUUACAUUUAUUAAGCUGUGACAACAACAUGUGAUUAAAUCUCCCCGGUCAGUUUAUUCAACUUUUAAUUUGAAACACAAACACAGUUCUACUCGAGUUGUUACAAUCAGUUUCCUGGCUUGAACACAAUACAAAAUGAAAGCUGUUGCGGAUUAAACUGCUUUCCUGUUUGUAUUAGGUACAAGAAACUCUUAAAACAAUGUUAGAUACUACACUUCGACAGUCUCAAAAACGGAAGAAACGACAAGAAUAACAUUUUUCUCUGUGGUAAAAAUCAAUGUAUUUUCAUAUGUAAGAAAUCAAUGUCAUAGUUUUCCUAAAAGGUUGUCCAUACUUGAAUUCUUGUCUUGUGUUUUAUUUACCAAAGAUUUAAGGAUUGUUUGCAUAAAAUUCAAUUGUACUUCGAGGAGGUUUCAUAAAUAUGACAUUUUACACAUGUAACUCAUGUAUAAGGAAUGACCUUGAUGGGAUGGCAAUGAGUAAACUAAUAUGAAGGCGUGAGAUUUCUAUGAUAUGGUUGUAUCGUUGUACUAACUUAAAGGAAGUUCGUUGUUUAACAAGAGGUAUAGUUUGUUUUGCAGCACUAAUCUUCUUUCAUUCUUCUGUCUGGGAAAUGUCUAUAUAGCUUUAAUCAGUUGCAAUUGUUGCUUGUAUGGCGAUGUAUAUAAGUUACGACGUCUUGGCUCAGUGUGUGGCUUUCAUCUCUGGGUUCAUUCUUGCAAUAUGUCUGAGAGAUAAAAUAUGUCAAGAGACGAUCCUUACUCUAGGAAGAACAGUAUAGAACUGAUAGAGCUAUCCAGUAUAAAUAAAGUUAGUUUAGUUUAGGUUUCCUCCUGUAGUAACACUGGAUCAAUAAGAGACGUUCCUUACUGGACCUUUAGUGAGAACAGUUUAGAACUGAUAGAGCUAACCAGUAUAAAUAUAGUUAGUUUAGUUUAGGUUUGCUCCUGUAGUAACACUGGAUCCAUAAGAGAUAAUCCUUACUGGAUCUCUAGGAAGAACAGUUUAGAAUUGAUAGAGCUAUCCAGUAUAAAUAAAGUUAGUUAAUUAGUUUCGGUUUUCUCCUGUAGUGACACUGGAUCAAUAGGAGAUGACCUUUAUUGGACCUCUAGGGAGAACAGUGUAGAUCUGAGAUUGAAUAGAAUCUCUUAAAUAAAUGUAUUUCCUUACUCUAGGGCAGCAUACAAGUUACGCAAGAAGCAAAAACGGAACGGAGAACCGAGGUCACCAACCAAACUGGAAAUGACGGCCCCAAUUACAACUCUCUUAAAUAGUAGAAACUGUUCUCCAGAACCCUGUCUCUUUCCGACCAAUUUUAACAACGCGAUCAGAUGUUACCCCCCGCCCUCACCUCCAGGGCUUAUUAAAGGAUUGGCAAAACGUAAAAGUACGGGGGGAAAGGUAAGAGAAUCUUCAUUGGGAGCAUGGAAGUUAUGUUUACAAGAUGCUACGAACAAAUAAAAGCAUUAAAAAGACAUAUAAACUUUUCAAGCUUGUCUAAACAGCAUCUGAAGACAACAUUCAGUAACACUGCACUUUGAUUUAUGUUAACGGGGACUAUAUAGGUUUACAUGGUACAGAAUGAGGGCUAUACACAUGACCUUAAACCUGCAGAUUGAAUAUUCACAUAAACCUGUAGUCAAACAUUAUGUCAAAUAUCUUUCAGGUCAAAGUGUUGCUACGAAUCAGUCCCAGUUUCCCAGGUGAGACCAGUUCAUUUCUGAAAGUAGAUCAAAAGAAGAAACAGGUCACGUUGUAUGAUCCGACAGCUGUCAGUCACGUGUCACAGAAAUACAGACGUAUGGGCGUGGCCGCUCCUAAAAUGUUCGCGUUUGACUCCAUCUUUGAACCAGACUCUUCACAGGUACUUUGUACUUUUGGGAAAAUGAAAUAUAUUCUUCACAGUGUAGCGAGCUAUGGUGACACGGACACUAAACAUCGUGUCAUUAAUAUAAUUCCACCCAAUACAUCAUAUCAACUGUCUGUUUCAGGCUGAGAUCUGUAGCACUGCUCUCACUGAUGUUCUUCAGUCAGUAGUAAAUGGUUCCGAUGGUUGUGUUUUUGCUUAUGGACACUCCGGGUUAGGUAAGUGAAGAAAAUGUUAUUUGUUCAAAACUUACGGAAAAUCCUAACUAUAAGGCGCUGAGUUCAAGAAUAUAGAAGCUAAAAUAUUUUUAAUCUGCAGGAAAAACAUUCAGCAUGGUUGGUCGAGAUGAAACUGUUCAUAGUUUAGGAAUAGCUCCUUGUUCAAUUGCCUGGCUCUUUAAACUCAUUGAUGAGAAAAGAGAAAGGUGAGCAUAAAUACAGUACACUAGAUUUUAUAUACAACAUGUUUUUCUAUGCAAUAUUUCUAAGAUAUAUCAUCACGAGGGGACGUCGCUGACGCAGUCGGCAGAGCAAGCAUCUUUCACGUCUAAGAUCUUAGUUUCGAUUCUCGCUGCUCAAAUCUACCGAAAAUCAUGGGUUAAUUAUAAUUUUCUCCGGGUAGGGUUGGUUGAGAUUAGCCCCUAACUGGCCCUUCCACUGUUGCUGCACUUCUUGAUCAUAAAUAAGUCAUAAGGUGGCUGGCAGAGGCGUCCUUAGAAAGGCUUUGAGAUGGGUUAGAUGUGUCCUUCGUAAUUCAGCUUAGUUCUCAGCUGCAAGUAAGGACAACACGCUUACCGACUCACGUUCUCAACUAAUUUGUCGUUUUUAUUUCCAGGACUGGUGCCAGAUUUUCUAUUCGUGUUUCUGCUGUUGAAGUUGUGGGACGUUCAGAGAAUUUAAAAGAUUUAUUACAAGAACAAUCAACAGGUAGAUUAUUUGUCAGGAAUUGACAUAUUUUUAUUAAAAUUAUAUCGUUUAAUCUUCAAGAUUGCUUUUUAAUCCGAAACACUGAAACGAGUUUGGUAUUUGUCGAUUACAACUUUUAAUCCAGAAAUAAUUAUAAUAAUAAUACUUCAGUAUUUUCCACCAACAAAAUUUCUUGCUUAACAGUUAAGAUCUAGAGCCUAAUUUUUUACACUUUAACCAUUGAUAGCUGACAGUAAUGAUGCUACGAAUGGAACGAAACCAAGUGUUUAUCUUUAUGACGACCCAGUCUCUGGACCUCAGGUAUAUUGAGCUACAAUUACGUUGCUUGCACUUUCUUUUAUAUCGUAACCAAAUAUUGAAAUAUAUGCUCUCUGCUCUCAUGUUUAAUAUGUAAUAAUAUUGUUCUAUAAUUUCUUAUUCAUAGCUGCUCAAUCACAGCGAACUACGAGCAUCUACACCGGAGAAAGCUGCUCUCUAUCUUGAUGCUGCAUUGGCUGGCAGAACCGUACCAAACAAUGGUAUGUUGCCACUCGUAUGGAAACACUAAAGACUACAGGACAAGUGUACCAAACUACGACAUACAACUAUACUUAAUUUCCACUCAGGAAAAUUUUCCGCAGAAACAAAAAAUGUUGAAGGUUGAAAAUUUUCAGCUUUUAACAAUGAUAUUUUUGGAAAAUUUUGUGUUCGUGGAAAUUUUUCUUGUGUGGAAAUGGGCCUUUAAUAUACAUUUUACUCAGUGAACAAUAUUCUGUUUGUCGUUUGAUACAUGUAUUGAUUGUAUUGAUUUUAUUUUCAGAGAAAGAUACAGAAGAAACUCUCAAUUCUCACAUGUUUUUCACCAUUCAUGUCUACCAGUCAAGGGUGGAUAAAAUAGCUGGAAAAAUGGGAGGUGAGAAUUUGAUUUGAAACUACGGAAAGCGAGGCGUAUUUAAAUAUACUUUGAGGCACUUUUAAAUAUACUUUGAGCGUUUUAAUAUCUUGGUAACAACUUUCUAAACGUGAAAUAUGAGUUCAUUUAUGAAGGGUUAUUACCAUUGUAUCGAGACAACUAUACGGUACUGAUGUCCAUUGAAAUAGGUAUUUUAAUAUUUUUCCGUAGUCCAUGGUGGAAGAUCUCGCCUUCACUUGAUCGACUUGGCAAGUUGUGAGAGAUACAACUCUACGAAAAAAGAAACCAGUUGUUGUUCGAUGUCUUUGAAUGGCCUGGGAAAUGUGAUCAUUGCUCUUAUUAAUGGCGCAAAACAUGUUCCACACAAGUAAGAUUUAUAUACGUUUCACUAAAGACUAUUGUACAACAGUAAAGGUUAUUUACACACUGAGAAAAUAAUGUUAAGUACUAAGAGUGUUUUAUCACAUAUAAAACACGACGCGUAGCGGAGUACAAGUGCUUUAAAUGGCUUAAAAAACGACUCGUCUUAUACGAGUUCAUUGGCGAAGUAAUUUUUAAAAUAAACUUUGUCUAAACCGAGAAAAUCAAAGCUAAAGUUUAUGUAAAUUAACAUGAUUUUUUAUCACUUAUAAAACCACGACACGCUUAUGAUUUUUCAGGAGAAUUAUUAAUGAGUUUUUAAAAUUAUUUUUCAACAUAUGUCGUAGUCUUUCAUUUGAAGGGAAAUAAAUAGAAUUCAAUUUGCAUUUGAAGGGAAAUAAAUAGAGUUCUUGCAACUUUAAGUAUCAUAUAAACAUUGUUAUUUUUAGGGACAGUACCUUAACCAGACUUCUGAGAGAAUCGCUGGGCAGUACCACCUGCCGCGCGACAAUGAUUGGUCAUAUAUCACCAUCUAUCCCAUUCUAUACCGAGUCUCUAUCAUGCGUCCAGUUCGCAGCGAGAAUUCAUCGUCUAAGGAGGAAAAAAGGAGGCAAGGUAAGGGUUAAGAAUAACUAAACAUUUUGUGAACUGGUUUGUCCAGCUAAGAAGCAUGGCUAGGAAGCAACGUUUCUUGGUUUGUCCACCUUUAAGAAACUUGGCUAGUAAACAAUGUUUCCUGGUUUGCCAAUCUUCGUGAAACAUGGCUAGGAAACAAUGCUUCCUGGUUUGCCUUGAAUUCGUCCACCCUUUAUAAGAUAUCAUUGUUUCUAUUUCAUCAGGGUUCAAGCACAAGUUCCUCGGGUGGCGAGAGUUCUUGCGAUGAAAUGAGAAUGCGCAAACCAAGGAUUCGUACCAGUGCCCUCACUGAACCAUUGCGCGAGGAGACCAACAAUCACUCGGACUAUACUUCGAGUACUGGAGAGGAGUCAUGUGACACCGUUAUCUACUGUGGCCCGGAUGGAGAGCUCAGUGACCGGGAUCUCACGGACAAUGAGGGACCGUCGCAUAUGAAUAAGGUCCCUGUAGGACCUAAAGGGAUUGAAGUCGAUGAGAAAUUAAGGUAAUAAUAAUGAGGACUUUAUUUAAUGAAACUUGAUAAUAGCUUAAUUUAUAUUUGAUGAUCCGUCCGGGCAAACAUGAGCAAAGAAAAGCUAGCGUGUCUAAAAAUGCCAACAAGCCUGGUCUUAAUAGAACUAGAUGACAACACUUUGUAAUAUUGCACUCUUGUUUCAACUAGGUCUAAAUUGGACGCCAUAGAGGAAAAACAACCCGAAGGUAGCCGCUGCCCCAGUAUGGAACUCGAGUACGACCUUAGUGAAGAAUUCAAGGGAAACAUAGAAAAGGUCCCUGAGAAAGGUUCUGUUGAAAAUCUUACACUUAAGAGGAGAAAGAAAAUUAAAAAUAAUGACAACUGUGAAUUCUGGGAAGAUCCGUUGGCCCGUGUGCAAGAGCAGGAGGUUGGAAACGAGUUAUUGGCAGAAACCGCUGAGCAGGAUACAACCUGUACUACCGGCUCAGGUGAUGAACUUGAUCGGUCGGAAAGCGUCGUAAUUACGACAAGUACCGGUUUUGUCCCGAUCACAGAGGCGAAGUACAGUUCGGAAAACGACUUGACUUCCGGUGAUAAUGAUGUGAUAGAGGAGGAACUUAGUCACUCCCCGGCACUUGAUACCCCCUUGAGUACCUUCUAUCAUCUCGUUCCAGACUCCGACUCGGACGGACAAGAGAAGGUGGCCAAUAGGAGCCCAGAACGUCAACAACGUCAUAGUCCUAAAACCAUCCCCAGUUCCCCUCCAAGCCCGACCAGUAAAGAAGUGCGGUCCAUUUUAGAAAACUAUGUAGUUGAUCAAAUGCUCAUUAAAAAUUCCGCUCAGCAAAACUUUCAGAGCCACCUUAAUACGAAGGAUGGAACAAAUGAAGCUGACGGUGCGACUGAGGGACUGGUACCGCCUUUAACGCCGCAGAAAACCUGCGUAGCCGGAACUGCGCAGAUCAGCGCGACCUCUCCGAAACGCGUGAAACUCGCGUGCCGUCCACGCAGUAAGGAAGCGACGUCAUCGAACCGGAAGUGUUUGAGCGACGCAGGAGAUAACCGCAGUGAUACACAUAGUGAAGACUCGUACGGGAGUACCAAGACGGACCCCCUACAUUAUGUGAAAACCCCACGCCGGGGGAUUAAGCCAUGCCAUGCUAGCAGCUCUGGGUCACUACCUAGGGAGUAUAAGGUGAUUAUUAGGGAUAAGAUGGCAUGUGUGCAUUAUGUGGGGUGCGAGAUGGAUAAUGACAGGGAUAUAAAAGGACAUCAGGAUACAAGUGUGCAACGUAGUCCUAGCAAGGCUGCUCCAGUACAGUUGAGGUAAAAAGUUUUGAAUUCUGGCUUUAAAAAUAAACUAAAUUUAUUGACUUGUUACAAGUUGUUCCAACAACUUGUUAUCGUCCUGCAAUUCAACAAUUUGUCAACAAGUUGUGAGUGACAACCUUGUAGCAACUUGAUAAAAUAACAGCAUUGUUACAACUUGUUGACAAGCUUGUUACAAGUCUGUUGUGAACACAUCUUGUUGACAAGUUGUGAGAUUUUUACGUGUGAUAACAAAGUGUCAACACCCCAAUCUGAACAUUCAAUAAUAUAUUUUCCAGGUAUUGUGGCUACGAAACCAACAGUGAAAAUGAUAAGACAGAUUUCACUCCCACGAGUCCAGACUCACAGCGUAAAGCGACGCCCUUGACGAUUACCAGUCGUGCCACGUUUGCGUUCAACCAAUCGUCACUGAAGAAACCCAAGGUUGAGCACGAACCAAUCAGAACUGGAGAACCAUAUGGACCGCAUGACGCUAAAAAUAGCAAAGAAAAAUUAUGUGCAAAAUCGGAUGGUGAAGCAGAAAUGAAUUCGGAAAAUGAUUCGCCCGGACGCAGAGGUGCAAAUUUGGAUGUACCACGACAGCGUUCGAAACUCAAAGCUUCAAGGUAGUGUAAUUGUCUUUGAUCAAAGUAUGUGAAGUGCAUUCUUGUUCAAUUAGUCUUCCAGGCACAAGUUUAAUUCUUAUUUGCAUGUGGGAAAAGUGGUUUCGGUUUGACUGUCAACGCAGCUCGUUUUAUCCAGGUGCUCUGGUUUCCUGUAACAUUUGACCAGUAAGAGUUGAACCUUACUCGAACCUCUAGGGAGAACAGUAAAGAGUGAUCCUUUCUGUACCCUAGGGAGAACAGUUUAGAACUGAUAGAAUUCCAGUAUAAAUAAAGUUAGCAUAGUUUAAGUUUCCUCCUGUAGUAACACUGGACAAAUAAAGAGUGAUCCUUUCUGGACCCUAAGGAGAGCAGUUUAGAACUGAUAGAACUAUCCAGCAUAAAUAAAGUUAGUUUAGUUUAAGUUUUUUCCUGCAGUAACACUGGAUAAAUAAAGAGUGGUUUUUACUGGACCCUAAGGAGAACAGUUCUAGAAGUAUCCAGUUUAUAUAGAUUUUAGUUUACGAGCAAAAUGUGUGAUCACUAUAAAUGUUAAUAUUUCAUUCAUCUCUCAUCUUCCAGAAGACGGGAUAGUGGUCAAGGCUACAGUAGUGGUAUAGCCAGUGAUGGUAGCAUUACAGACUCACCAUCAUCUAAAUCACCUGCACGCAGGCGGAGAAGACUAGGCUCAGAGAUCAGCAGUAGUGGUUACGAAAGCAUGCGUGAUGGAACUACGAGUCACGUGUCAGGUAGUGACAGUGCGGAUGAAAAAGGGACACUUGUGGAUAGAUCCAAUUCAGGUAAGGAGCAUUUGUGGAUAGAUCCAAUUCAGGUAAUAUUUAAUUCACAGUGAUCAUUGUAGUUUCAUUUUGAAUAUCGUGAUCACGUGCAAUCUAUUGGUUUCUUUAGGAAAACGUCACGUGGGUACCUCCUCAGAUAGACAAAAUUAUUUCGAUGACUUUGAACGUUUAAGAUUGCGGGGCAUUGAUGAAACGAGGGUACGUAUUAUGAUGGUAUGACAGACCAAUACUGGACCUCUAGGAAGAACAGUUUAGAACUGAUAGAGCUGUCCAUUAUAAAUAAAGUAACAUGGUUUAUUAUUUUCUUCAGGAAAAUGACAGUGGAUGUGUUUCCGGGUCACUCUUAGAUAUUCAUAAAUGGAGAAUUAUUAAGUUACGAACAAAACAAGUUGAAUUGAGAAAUGAAUUAGACCAAGCCAAAAGCAGAUUACUUCUUGAUGGAACUAGAUGGAGCUUUUAUCGUAAGUCAAUUAUUUGGGUUGUACGCCCUAGUACGCUUUCGACACAUGUUUGAGCUGCGUUCCAAAAAACAAUAGCAGCCCCUACCCUUGAAACAAUUUUGACUAACAUAAUCCACUUUCCUCUGUAGUUGAAUCGCAAACUAUGAAACCAGAAGACCCGGAGUUGGUCGAAAUACUAGAAAAGGAAAAUAAACGUUUAGAAAAAAGAAUCCGUGUUUGCAAAUCUCGAGUUAUGUUGGUCACAUCUUUUGAUAUAUUGCCUCAGAGAAGUAAACUAUAGUGCUACCUUGAAAUGUAAAUUAUUUAAAUGUACAGAGAUGGAGUAUAGAUAAUGAACAUGUAUAAUGUAAGAAAGUCUAAUUGAAAGAAAUUUAAGUACAAGGACUAUAAGAAAGGAUUAAAGUAUAUUAGUUAACCUACAGGUACAUAUACACGUACAAAUCUCCCAGCUUGUCAACAAGAUAUGUUCGCACUGCUUGUUCCCAGUUGUUGACCAAUCUGGAACAAGUUGUUAUCAUCUUGUAACAAGGUGGAUGAGGCCAACAGACACGCAACGAGUUGUUCCAACAAGUCUGAUAUCGUCUGCACGUAACAAGUUGUUAAAAGUUGAUGACAACAAGCUCGUAGCAACUUGUUACGAACAGCCUGUAUUAGUCUUGUUGGAACGACUUGUAGCAAGUCUGUUACCGUUAUCAGCCUCGUAACAAGUUGACAACAACUUGUUCCAGACUUGUCACAACAACCACUAGAAACAAGCAGUGCGAACACAUCCCACCUUGACAACAACCUUCUUACAACUUUUUGCAGAUUUGUUUGCGCGUUUUUACGCGUGUAGGUGUGUUUGACUGCAGCAGUUGGUGGUGAAGUUAUCAGAGUGAAAAUAUAAUAGUAAUGUUAUGGUCUUUGUAAAUGAAUAAAAAUGAGAGAUUUAGCUUAAUUUUCUUGUUGCGAUAAGUGUGAACACUGUUUUGAAGCUGAGCACCAUCUGCUGCCCUGGAACGCUGACGGAAAGCUAACAACUUUGGCACGUUGUUGUUGCCUAUAACUUAAGUAUCAUAUAAAGUAUAUUUUAAGAAUGUAAAUUAUAGUAAGUACAUAUAGUAAAUAUCUUUAUACUUUAUAUACUAAGUUCUGUAAAUUAUUACAAACAUAAAGUUUUAAAUAAAAUAUAUGUGCAUGCAGCAUAUUUUUAAAUUGGA